AUGAUGAAUGCCAAUGUCCAUAGGGGAUGCAACACCGCGCCAGGGCACGCCUUCAAGAUGACGGACGAGGCAUUUACGGAGUCGCAAACCGCCGAGAUGAAGCGGUCUCGACAUCAACAGACAGUCGUCAUUAAACUGGGGACGAGCUCCAUCGUAGAUGAGAAGACUCAUGAACCCCUCCUGCCAAUCCUCACUUUGAUUGUAGACACUGCUUUCAAGUUGAGAAAGAAUGGCCACAGAGUUGUCAUUGUCUCCUCUGGAGCCAUUGGCGUUGGUCUCCAGAGAAUGGAGGUCGACAAGCGUCCCAAGCAUCUCGCUCAGCUCCAGGCCUUGGCAGCAAUCGGACAGUGUCGCCUGAUGAGCCUUUGGGACAGCCUUUUCGGUCACCUGUCACAGCCAAUUGCUCAGAUUCUGUUGACCAGAAACGACAUUGCAGAUCGUACACGAUAUCUGAAUGCUCAAAACACAUUCAAUCAGCUUUUGGACAUGGGCGUCAUUCCCAUUGUCAACGAGAACGAUACCCUUGCUGUUUCUGAAAUUAAAUUUGGCGACAAUGAUACCCUUUCAGCAAUUACUGCUGCCAUGAUUCACGCAGACUUGUUGUUCCUCAUGACAGACGUUGACUGUUUGUACGACAAGAACCCGCGAACGAAUCCCGACGCUAAACCCAUUGAAAUCGUGGACGAUUUCUCGGUUCUCGAAGCAGAUGUAUCAAGUGCUGGCUCCUCAUUAGGGACCGGUGGCAUGAGCACAAAGAUUGUCGCCGCCAAGCUGGGAACUCUGGCUGGUGUGACCACGAUAAUUACCCGGUCCUCAAAUCCGGGGAACAUCCUCGGCAUCGUGCGUUACCUGCAUGCACAAAAGGUCGGCAGCAGCUCAUCUGCAUCUGACUCUGAUGAUCAGCGGAGUCAGAUCAGUGAGCCGCCUCUGUCUCAUACCACCACAUCCUUGAACCUCAUGGACCCGUCCUCCAAUGUGGACGACGAUGCACCCCCUCCUCUGCACACGCGGUUCUUGCCGUCAAGCGACCCGAUCUCAGAUCGCUACUUCUGGCUGCUGCAUACUCCCCACCCUCACGGCACCUUGUUCAUUGACGAGGGUUGCUACCGGGCCUUGAUGGACAAGGCUGGCCUGCUGCCCGUUGGUAUUGUUGAUGUCGCGGGCAACUUCGCGCAGCAUGAGGUUGUACGCAUUGCCGUCGUCACCCGCAGGUCCACGCCGGGACCUGACGGACACAUGUGGGACGGCGAGCCUUUGGAAGUUGGCCGUGCCUUGGUGAACUAUGCCUCUGCCGAGAUUACGCGGAUCAUGGGACACCAGAGCACCGAUAUUCAGAACAUCCUUGGCUAUGCAGACAGCGAGUAUGUCGCUCAGCGGUCACAUAUCGGCUUCUAUAGAAAGGAGAGCCGUCCUGUGACUCCUAUUAGCGAUCUUUUCUAA